CAAUACUGCGGAUUACCGAUCACUAAGAAUGGAUACGUAUAGGCUACGCCAAGGCCUGCAAGGAGGCUGCCCUGUACGUUUCUGGAGUUGCAAAAAAAUCCUCCCCACGUGGGCCGAAUGAAAGUUGGCCCGAACGUGUGCAGCAAUCAAUCAAUCAAUUCAUAUCAAAUCCCCUCCUCCAUCUUCAAGUGACUUUAACUCACCUAAUUAACUACAGGUAUUCUUCAGAUCUUCAUUCAGAGUCUACAUAGUCGCUCACCAGAGCUGUUGGAAGCUAUGGCAUGAUCGUCCUAAUGUUUUCAGCACUCCAUGAUGCAACCUUGGCUCCGCGAGAAUUCGGCGGAAUAUGACUAGAAAAGGACUCGUACCUUUGAAAGUGCUCAGCCGGCCCUCUGACAAUACCUUCGGAAGUCCUGACCACGAUGGCUUCGGAAAGUAUAACCGAAAAGGCUGGAACAAUGAGCGACCUCGAAUUGGCAGUGCUUCUGGGUUUAAUAGCUGGACAGCAUGUCCUGAUUCGAAGUAACAAGGCGCAAAAAGACCUCAUUGCACAAGAAGUCGAGCUGAUAUGCCUCAAUCUUGUCGGCCUGCAGACUAUACGCUUGCAUUGUCAUCAAACCAUGACGUUAGAGGAUCUGGCCGAGAGUUUGCUUAUUGAUACCCGUUCUGGAGACGAUGACAGCCUUGCCGCCGAUCUGGCACUCGGCAGCAAACGAAUUGCAAAUGCAGUGGUUGUUGAGAAUCUCGAUUUCGCCCCUCAUGCGAUUCAGAUCCAGAUCCUUGAGCUGAUGAGAGGUAAACGAAUGUUUACUCGCAACGCGGUAUACUCGGUUCCGAAACGGUUCAUAGUCGUUGGACUGGUCACUUCACCGCCAACGCAAACCCUGAAUGGGAUGUUGAAUGACCAUUUCUUUAUGUCUCACACUCAUCUCCCGGAGGAUGAUACGCCCAAUGUGACGAAAUCCAACCGUACCAUCAACGGAGUCGAGGAAAGCGUGUCGCAACGGGACUCUGUCAGACCUGGCCCUCUUCCAAGUCACCAGAGGACACCGCCUCAGAGGGCAUUCAUCAGCGUAGACGAGUUGGAAUCGUUGAAGACACUUUCAACACAGGUCAAAAUGAACACGGAAGUAAGAGGAUACCUUCAUGAUAUUGUGGUCCAUCUUCGCAUGCACAGAGCAGCAGGUGGAGGCGUCUCAGCACUGGCAACACGGCAUUUCCACAGCCUUGUCAAUGUAAUGGCACCACUCCAUGGAGUCAAUUAUGUCACUCCGUCCAUUGUGGUGCUGGCGGCGAGAAAAAUCUACGCGCAUAGACUCGCUGUGACGAAGCCCGAGGAUGAAAGAAGUCUUCAAUGGGGAAGUUCGCUUCAGGCGGUCAGGAAGCUCCUGGAUGGUGUCACAGUGGAAGGUGUGAUCGAAGAUGUCCUCGAGAACGUCAAACCUCCUCUUUAGGAGGAGUCUUUAUAUUGCAGCGGUACUUGACAGAAAGUGGCUGUCUUGAUGGGCAGGUUACCGAUGCGUGAUCGGGGCAAAAGGAGCGAAUAUCGUCUUGCUUCUAUGCACCUCAGCUGAAGCCUUUGAGCCUCAGCUACAAUCUUUGGUCUCACUUUAAUGCCGAGAGACGAAAUGUGACAAGCAGAAUUGUGUCCACAUCAAUUGCAAUACGACUAUCAAAUAAUGCCGAAUGUACAAAUGGGUGCCGAACGCUAGUACCUCAUUUGGAUUGCAUGAUGUAAUUAGGCGGGGUCAACAGCAGAUAUAUUGAUCGGCUAAUACAGAGUCUCGGAG